CGAUGAGAAGGAAUAAGAAGAAGAGAACUGCUCGUAUGCGUUGCAACUGGCGAACUCGUUAGCGCUGCCCAUGGUGUUGCACGCAGCCAACCAGCUCGACGUGCUGAGAUCAUUGCAGGAGCAGGCUCAGGUGCCCAACUCUCUGCUUCAGAGAUCGCUUCCAGCAUGCCUGCAGCAGCUAAGAAUCCCGACGCACCGCUCAUGCUGGAUCGGAUGCUUCGACUCCUAGCCACCCAUUCUCUGCUCACUUUCUCCGUCGUUGAUGGCGGUGCUCAUAGGCUGUACGGACUGGCUCUUGUCGCCAAAUACUUUGUUCGUAAACAAGACGGAGUAUCAUUCGCUCCCUUGAUGGCCUUGCUUCAAGACAAAGUCUUCAUGGACAGCUGGAGUGGAACAUGCUGGGGGAGAUAUGUUUGAAAGCGUUCCAAAAGGAGAUGCCAUAUUUAUGAAG